AUGUUUAAUAAUCCUUAAGAAUAUGCCGCAUAAAAAAAAGAAGCCUUUCGAUCUGAAAUCCGUAGAAUGGAUAGAGAAAGAAUAUUUAAUUAAAAAAGGAUUUUAAUUAGUUAACAAAAUGAAAUGACAGAAAAAGAUGAUUUAGAAUUAACAAACUUAAUACCAUUAAUUUAAUAAUCAUAAUUGAAUUAGAAUAUUUAAGAAUUAAAAUAACUUCAUCUUUUUGCAUUUAAUUGUGUAUCUGGCAAUAAUACUAAUUAAAUUACAUAGAAUCAGGAAUUCUUAAUUACAAAUAAUUAUUUAUAACACAGCAUUCCAAGUUUAAUGAUAAAAGAAGUUCAAUGUGAUGUUAUUAGAACUUUAGCUAAUUCUUGUAAUCAUAAAAUGUUUUUAUAAUAAUAACCUUAAUAUUUAAUCCAAUCUUUAGAAAUUUCAUAUCAACUAUUGUUAACAUUAACAGAAUCCUAAGAUAUAAGUGAUGUAUUGAUUAUAAUAAUUUUAUAGAUUCUUAUAUACUUAGGAAACAUUGCAAAUAAAUGGCCUGAAAUCUGUUAAUAUUUAGUUAAAUCUUUUGAUCGAUUAUUAGAAUUAAGUGUAUCAGCUGAUAGUAAUCUAUAUAGAAAUAUUUGUUUUUGUAUGCAUAAUAUAUGUUAUAUUAUGGAUAAUCAUAAUUUAAACAGCAAAGAUGUAAUUAAUAUUAUUAUAUUUAAAUUAGAGAAUUAUAUGUUUAAAAAUUUUAGAUUAAGGAGUUAACAGAAAUGAUUGUGAUAUGUUAUAAAAUGAAAUAUUGCAUCCAUUAACUGUAUUAUAUGCAUAAGAUGAAGAAAUUGAUAAGUACUUGAUAAGUUCAAAAAUAGUAUAAUAUGUAUUUUCAACUUUAAAAGGAGAAUUUGAAGAAACAACUUUGUAAGUUUUGAAAUAGUUUUCAUUAACAGAAUCUAAAAGUUUUUCUAAUGUAAUUAUAUGAUUAUAUUUUAUAAAGUUUCUGAUUGAAUAAGAUAUUUUAGAUGUUGCUUUAGAAUAUAGUAACAAUAGAAAAAAAUAAAUAAGAAAAUUGUCUUUCUUAAUUGUUAUCAACCUAGCUUAUAAUGAUAGUUAAAUUUCAAAUAAAAUUGUUAAACAUAAAAUAAUAAAUAGAAUUAUUAAUGGAUUAAUUGCUUCAGUUUUGUAGGAAAAAUAAAAUUGCAUCCAAGUCAUUUAAAAUCUUCAAAAGACUGGAGAUAAUGCAGUCUUUUAGACAUUGAUAGAAUUAGGAACAAUUGAAAUUAUAGGAAACUUUAUAGAUGAGGUUGAUACAGUAAUAUUAAAGAUCUUUGUAGAUACUCUUUGUAGAUUUUUGAAUUAUGCAAAAGAAGUUUAAUAGAAUAAAAUUAUUGAGGAUAUUAAGAAGAUUAAACCAAAAUUAGAAUUAAUAUAUAAUGAAAACAAAGAUCCCAAAUUUUAAGAUCUAUUUCAAUUGUUUUUGUAGCUAUUAUAAUGA